UGCCUGUUUUUGUCGUAGGUUGAUGACGAAGACAUCCAGUAGUAAACAUGGAGGAGAAAGAAGCACUGAAGAGGGAAAUUGAACUUUUACAAAAUCUCAUCAAUACUCACAAGAGUGUCCAUGGAGACGCUCCAUUUGCAAGAGAUGAGCAUAGGCGUCCAGAAGCUCCAACAUCCGCCCGGGGAAGAGGUCACAGCACAUCUGUCCAUCAUCAUGACAGCUCCAGAGGGAGACAGUUAGCUCCUCACAGCCGUGGAAGUUGGAGGAAAACAUACUCCCUGAGCAACAAGAACCCCCAGUCCUCUGUAGUACACACAUCAGCUUCUACCUCCUCUGUUGGACAGUCCCAAAGUGUAUCUCACAGCACCUCACUGCCCAGUCACAGCAGAGGAGAGAAGAGUGAUACAAUCACAACUGCCGCUUCAUCAUUAGGGGAAGUUACAACAGAGAAAAAACACAGUGAUACUCUUAGAAAAACCGGUGCAGCUGUUUAUCAGCACGAAGAUGAAAAAGGCACUAGUGUUCAACACGAAAAGCUUCAGGGACGGACGCCAGCAAUUCAGGAUAGGACCGAAACCAGGCGUGUUCUCCUGCCUAAAGAGAAAAAUAAUGCUUCUGCCGAAGUGGCGCCUUCAGUUGAGUCGAACACCCUGACCAGUUUGCAGAGCAACCCUCAAGCACAGAUCAAACCCUCCCUGACGAGCAAAACCAGCACUGGGACUAAACUGACUGCUACUACGAUAAAACUAGCAACUCUUACAACUGCUAAUGCCAUACCACCUCUCUCUGGGCUUUCAGAAGUAUCAAAACAACCGUCUGUCAACCCCACAAAUCAAUCCAGCAAGGGCCAGGCGGGUGCAUCUUUUACGGAAAAUUCCAAAUUCACUUGGAUCAAAAGCCAGACGGAGAAAGAAGUGGAGCCCAAACAAGCUAGCUCCAUUCCGUCACCCAAAGGCAAAUCUGUGACUGUUGCCCCGCCAUCAAUUUCAAAAGCUGGGGUCGCAGGUGCAAGCCCCCCCAUUUUGGCAAUCAGUAAGAAAACGCCUACUAAGAAGUUACCUCGAAAGAUAAGCUCCGCCAAUAUAACCCCAAAGACUUCCAAGUACAAAUGGGUGUCCUCCUCGGCUGGAGCCCAGGCUAGAAUCCCUCGAAAGUCACUAUCGCCAAAAUCCAUGUUUGUAGCACAGAGAGCCGUGGAGAAGGGAGAGACGACCAAGAAACCCAGAGCAGCCUCCAAUCCCUCUCCUAAGAUCAAAAAGGGAAUUGCGGGCUCCUCUCCCAACUCCUCACUGAGCAGCCGUUAUCGCUGGAAGGCUGGAGGCUGGAGUUCCUCUGCUGCAGCGACUGGAGUGGCGGCAGUAGCCCGUCGUAGAUCUGCCUUCCACUGGACGUCUGAAAAAAACAACAAAGGUGUGAAAGGAGGGCUCGUUGUCUCCCCGUCUGUAACCCAACGCACCUCCCUGAUGCCCUCCUCCUCACCUGCUGGGUUCAAGCUCCGCAGCAGGAUGAAAAUCAUUCGGAGGUCUGCUACUGGUGGAGCUGGUUCAGAGAAGGGGGGCAGCCCGUCAGCGGUGAAGUACUCCCCCCGCGGUCGGACGCACAGCUACGCCAGGAGUCCCACAGGAGGACGGAGGACGCCCUCCAGGGAGCUGGUGUCUUUUGGUAGGCACAAGUUGAGGCGGCUCUCCCCCACAUCAACAAAGACAGGUCCCGCCUCCUCCUCUCACCGUAGCCCCGCCUCUACUCGGGUGUUCAGGACACGCUACAAGAUGGUGACCCGUCCGGGCUCCGCCAGCACGGCACACACCCUCCACUACAACCCCGCCCUGUCUUGGAGAGCUAAGAGGAUCCAGUCUGCCAGGAGUUUCCUACAGAAUAGAAUGCGAGCCCCCCACGACAGACAACCGUCACCCAACCAGCACUGGAGAGGAAGCAGCAUGUGCUGGAUUCGUGGUUCCCUGUACCGGGUGUCAGCCAAUAAGCUGUCCCGCACCGUGGGAUCCAACAUGUCCAUCAACCGAACAGGAAGGUCCUUCAGCCCUGCCCAGGUCCCAUUAACGAGUCCAGCUUUCAACAGACCCUACAGUUCUCGUAAUUUAGCCAGUGUCACUGAGUGCUGUAAAGCCAGAAGUCAUCUCAUAAAAUUAAAAUUAGCAUACGGUGGAAACCUUAACCCGAAGCUCCUCACAUGGUUCCGUGCUGUCCAGCGCAGCAUUGCCAUAAUCAGAAAUGCUCGUCAGAAGAAGCAGCCGAAGCAGUACUGCAUGUACUACAACCGCUUCGGCAAGUGUAACCGUGGCAACAGCUGUCCCUACAUCCACGACCCAGACAAGGUUGCCGUCUGCACCAGGUUUCUCCGGGGGACGUGCAAACUGGCAGACGGCUCCUGCCCAUUCUCCCAUAAGGUGGCAAAGGAGAAGAUGCCGGUGUGUUCCUACUUCCUGAAGGGAAUCUGUAACAACAGCGACUGUCCCUACAGCCACGUCUAUGUGUCCCGAAAAGCCGAAGUGUGUGAGGACUUUGUGAAAGGCUACUGUCCUGAAGGAGAGAAGUGUAAGAAGAAACACACUCUGGUGUGUCCGGACUUCUCUAAGUCGGGAUCCUGCCCUCGAGGAGCCCGCUGCAAACUGCAGCACCGCCAACGAGCCAAGAGAAGUGCCAGCAACACCUCCAGCACCGCGGCCAAGAGAGGCCGGAACAAGGAGCCGGCUAAGAGGCCCCGCCUGUCUGUGGUCAUCCCUCAGGACUCUCAGGGAGAUCCAGGGACGCCCACCAAAGGUCCUCUGGCACUGCCCUCUUUCAUCUCCCUCUCCAGCUCUCCAGAGGAUGCUGAUGCCCCGGUCACGCUGCUGUCUGAGACCUCACAGGUUAAAGAGAAAAGGCUGCAGAUCAAGCCUCGGCUGUGAGAAAAAGAGAAAAGACGCACCAGAGGUAAAAUAAAGACUCAGCAAUGAUUUCUGUGCUCCAGGUUUGUCCUGACAGGUGUAUCUGUGUCUCUGUCCUAUGAAUUCACUCAGGGCCUGAACGUUUUUUUUUAAUAUAUAUCUAUCUGUUUUACAUAUCAAUUUGGGUGUUUUACAGUGCAGAUUUUAUUGAUCAAGUUUUGUACAUUUCAAAAAAGACAAAAUAAAAGGUGAACUCGUAA